CGUGACGCAGUCGGCCUCAAACCAAAGCUUCACACAAAAUUUGACAUCACUUCCGUGUUCUAGGUAGAUUGGACCUCCGAGGAAGACUAGCCUACUACGGACCAGUCAGUGGUGCAUAUGUUUAUUUUUUGUAGGCUGUUUUAAAUAAGGCCCGUCGACUCACGGAGGUCUCUGAGAACUUUUGAAAAUGGCUGGUACCGAUUCAGAGGUUGACUUGUGGACGAUUCCUCUCAUUGCUCUGAAUGUGACGGUGAGGAAAAAGUUGGGACUUUAUUUAAACCCCAAAAACACAGUGGCUGCGGAUUGGAUGGCUGUCGCGGAGGCCAUGGACUUUACUUACCUGGAGAUAAAGAACUACGAAGCUUUUGAAAACCCCACCAAAAGGGUUUUGGAAAACUGGCAGGCUCAGUCCUCGGAUGCCUCAGUGGGGAAGUUGUUGUCAAUCCUGACCGAGGUGGAGAGAAACGAUAUCUUAGAGGAUCUUCGUCCUUUGAUAGAUGAGGAUGUCAGGAAGUAUCUUGAGAAUGUGAAGAAGGCGGCCGAGCCCCCAGUUCAGGUUCAUGAGGUUGACAGCUGUGUUCCUCGCACCCCAGAGAGGUUUGGUAUCACCCGGGAGGAUGACCCCAACGGUGCUCCUGAGCUGUUCGACGCCUUCAUCUGUUACUGCGAGAGUGAUUUCGAGUUUGUCCAUGAAAUGAUCCGGGAGCUGGAACAGACAGACUACAAGCUGAAACUGUGUGUGUUCGACAGGGAUGUCCUCCCGGGCUCCUGUGUAUGGACCAUCACUAGUGAGCUCAUUGAGAAGAGGUGUAAGAGGAUGGUGGUGGUGAUUUCUGAUGAAUACCUUGAAAGUGAAGCUUGUGACUUUCAGACCAAGUUUGCUCUCAGCCUCUGUCCUGGAGCUCGAAAUAAACGGCUUAUCCCCGUGGUUUACAAGACGAUGACAAAGCCAUUUCCCAGCAUCUUGCGUUUCCUCACCAAAUGUGACUACACCCGGCCUUGCACGCAGUCUUGGUUCUGGGUUCGACUGGCCAAAGCUCUCUCACUGCCGUAAUCAUGAAGCAGGCAGUUAUUUGUAUUUAAAAAGUACUUUUUAAUCCCAUCAAAUAGACUUUGUUGGACAGUGUCCAAAAAUUUCAUGUUUAAGUAUGUGCUAUUGCUUGUGAUCCACAGCCUGCUGACAGCUGAACCCACCUGCCACUUAUUGUGUGUGUAUAUAGUAUAAGGUAUGUCUUUUGUGCUUCCUUUGAAGACUGUAUGGUGAUUUUUGUACAUAAUCAUUAUGAAACUCAAGCUGCGCAAGAGUACCAAAUAUCAACAAAAUUCUCUCUGCACACUGUCAUAGCAUAUAUAAAAAUUUAAGAUUAACGUGUGUGGUGCCUGUUAUGUGAUUUAUAACGAUGAAGAGAAUUUGUAUGUAUUUAGGACAGGAUAUAAACACUUGCACUAGCAACUUCCUCUUAUGAGUCAACGUCUAGUGUAGUUGAUGAGAUAGAUUGAGGGAAGAAAUAUUCUUGUGAUACUUAAACAUAUUCAGUUUUGUGGACUGCUGACACUUGCUUUUCUCUCUUGCCUCCUCUGUCAUCACGAUCCUAAUUUGUAUUUGGUCUUGUGUUUUUGAUAUGAUCUUUUUUAGCACAGUUUCAUAACAGGAAGUCGUUAUACCUUGAAUAAAUGGUGUGAAUAUAUCUUAAUAAAAUAAACGUUUAUCAAGCAAUUUAUAAAGUAUAUGUACAGACAUGAAAGCGCAAUAUGCCCCGUGUUUCCACAGAAUUUCAGACAUACUAUAAAACGCACCGCCAACUUAAUUCUGUAAAAGAGAACUUUA